AUGCCCUGCGCUGGCGAGUCUGAUGCCGAGCCGCGUCAGCCGUUUGAAGCCACGGCGGAAGCUGAGAAGUGCGGGCAGCGGCCCCCGCCUGACCGCACCGGCCAGAAGGCCAGCGCCGGCGUGUCCGGCCGCGCCGGGAAGAAGCGCCGGCGUGGCCCAGCUCCUGCUUGCUGGGAGUUGGCGAACUUGCAGCCAAAGAAGCACCCAGAUGAUACAAACAUCAAGCUCACUCGGCUGUGCAGAGCAGCCAGCCCCUCGUGGCACGAUGGGAGCAUGCUGGGCGCUGCCUACGUGUGUCGCGCCCACCGCGUCGGGAAGAGCACCUCAGCUCGGCGCCUCUUCCCCCGAAACAGGAGGACCGGCAGGAAGUGGCCGCGCGCCCCGCACACGGUGCGGCUGAACGCCUCGGCCGGAGGCGGCUGGAGCUCCGACGAGUUCGUGCGCGGACGCGAGCACUUGUCCGUCAAGCGUGUUUUCGCAUCGUUUCAGGACUUGGUCACGUUCAAGGAUGUGGCCGUCGACUUUUCCCAGGAGGAGUGGGAAUGGCUGGACCCGGCCCAGAGGCGGUUGUACCGGAGCAUGAUGUUGGAGAACUACCGCAGCCUGGCGUCUCUGGGACUUUGUGUCACCAAGCCUUAUGUGAUCUCCCUGUUGGAGCAGGGGAAGGAGCCUUGGGAGAUGCAGCGUAAGAUGGCAAGAAGCCCGCCCCCAGAUUGGGAGUCUCUAUAUGAGACACAGGCAUUAUCUCUGAAGCAGUACAUGUACGAUGACAUGUUCAUGGAGAGAAUUGCAAGCUAUGGACUUGAGUGUUCUCCUUUCAGAGAAAAUGUGAAAUGUGAAGAUCUUUUUGAAAGGCAUCUGGUAAGUCAAGAGAUGUUUAUGAGGCAAAAAUCCACUCAUAAAGAAACAGAGACUGAGGAGCCAGAUCACAGAUAUAACAAAUCUGGAAAAUUUGUCCCUGUGCUCAAUGUAGAAGAGAAGCUUUAUAAUCAUAAGUUGGAUAAAAAAAGCUUAUCCAAAAGUCCCGUGGUAUUAAAACCCAAGAAAGUUUAUGGAGGAAAGAAACUUUUCAAAUGUAAUGAAUGUGAGAAAACCUUCACCCAGAGCUCAUCCCUUACUGUUCAUCAGAGAAUCCAUACUGGUGAAAAACCAUAUGCAUGUAGGGAAUGUGGGAAAGCCUUCAACCAGAGUCAGCACCUUGCCCAACACUACAGAAUCCAUACCGGAGAGAAGCUCUUUGAAUGUAAAGAAUGCAGGAAAGCCUUCAGCCAGAAUGUCCACCUUGUUCAGCAUCAAAGGAUUCACACUGGAGAAAAACCAUAUAAAUGUAAGGAGUGUAGAAAAGCCUUCAGCCAGCCUGCACACCUUGCUCAGCACCACAGGAUCCACACUGGGGAGAAGCCCUACAAGUGUAAGGAGUGUGAGAAGGCCUUCAGUGACGGCUCAUCGUUUGCUCGCCAUCAGAGAUGUCACACUGGCAAAAGGCCCUAUGAGUGCAUUGAAUGCGGGAAGGCCUUUAGACAGAACACGUCUCUCAUCCGCCACUGGCGCUACUACCACACGGGCGAGAAGCCCUUCGACUGCGCCGACUGCGGGAAGGCCUUCAGCGACCACAUCGGGCUCAGCCAGCACCGGCGCAUCCACACUGGAGAGAAGCCCUACAGGUGUAAUGUGUGUGGAAAAACCUUCAGCUAUGGCUCGUCCCUCACCGUCCAUCAGAGAAUUCACACAGGAGAGAAGCCGUAUGAAUGCGAUGCUUGUGGCAAAGCCUUUAGUCACCAUGCUUCACUCACGCAACAUCAGAGAGUACAUUCUGGGGAGAAGCCUUACGAAUGUCAGGAAUGUGGGAAAGCCUUCAGGCAGAGUAUACACCUCGCAAGUCACUUGAGAAUCCAUACUGGUGAGAAGCCCUAUGUGUGUAAGGAGUGUGGAAAAGCUUUCAGCAUCAGUUCCCAGCUGGCCACUCACCAGAGAAUUCAUACUGGAGAGAAGCCUUAUGAAUGCAAGGAGUGUGGGAAAGCUUUCACGCAGAGGGCACACCUGGCCCAACAUAGUAAAAUUCAUACUGGAGAAAAACCUUACGAAUGCGAUGAAUGUGGCAAGGCCUUCAGCCAGACUACCCGCCUCACUCAGCACCAGCGAGUCCACACGGGAGAGAAGCCCUAUAAAUGCGCCGAGUGCGGAAAGGCCUUUAGUGACAGCUCGUCCCGUGCUCAGCAUCGGAGGCUUCAUACUGGCCAGCGGCCCUAUGGGUGCGUAGAGUGUGAGAAGGCAUUUAGGACAAAAUCUUCCCUCACUUGUCAUCAGAGAUGCCACACCGGGGAGAAGCCGUACGCAUGCGGUGCGUGCGGCAAGGCCUUCGGCCACCGGCAGUCGCUGACUGUUCACCAGAGGAUUCACUCUGGAGAAAAACCCUACGAGUGUAAGGCAUGCAGGAAGACCUUCAGCCAGAUUGGACACCUGAACCUGCACCGGCGAGUUCACAGUGGCGAGCGCGCUUGCCAGUGCACGGGAUGCGGAGAAGUCUUCAGGCAGAGUGCGCAUCUUGCGCGUCACCAGAAAGCUCAUGGGGUGGAGCCGCCUGGUGUGGCCGGCUUGCUCUCCGCGGAGUCACCGCACCCUGUGGCCGCAGCUGAGAGGCGUGUCUGGAGCGCGCCGGCUGCCUUCCCUUCUCACUGUCCUGCACCGGAUCAGGACCUUUUCCCCUGGGGGCUUCCCUUCCUCUAACACGGGAGUGCUGGGUCCCCUCUGGAGAGUGUUUCUCCCACGUGAAUGUGCUUCUGUUACUCUUACCAGCCUAUCAUGAAAUCUUAAACUACUUGAUGCGUAUCACAGCCUGGUGGCGUAUCUGGCCCAGACUGAGCGCUCAGUAACUGGGGGUCAAUAUUUUUGUGGCGUGAAAAAGUGUUUUCAGACCAUGGGAGGCAUGCGACAACACCCUAACAGGUAUGGUGCUGAAACGCUUCAAGUGGGUGAUAGGAUUAGCACGCACGUGUGGUGUGUGUAAAGCUCGAUAACAUAACAAAAGAAUAUAGUGGCUUUUCAAGGC